AUGAAACAAGCGCUAUUCUCGAUUCUGUUAGUCCUCUUUAAUAAUCAAUGUCUAAGUCAACGAGGUUUUCCUAAACAAUUUCAAACAACAUUAAAUAUAAGUGGAUUAUAUCAAUUGGCAAUAACACAAGGCCUUCAAUAUUUAUUGUAUGAUUAUGAUAAUUUAAGAGCUCGGUUUGAUAUUCAAGGAUGGCGAGCGAAACAAAAAGAAACUUACAUGAUUCAAUAUAAACCCAAAGGUGCUGAACCUGAUUCACCAGCUUCACAAGGUUAUGCAAUGUUUAAUUUCAAUCCUGAUUAUCCUGAACGGACAAAAAAUAACUGUUGGUACAGAACAGAUCCAAUGAGUGAUGUAGGUCCAUUUCCAUUCAGUUGGUUCUAUGAUCCACAAGAACAUACUCAAAUUCAACCAUGGUUUCCAUUACCAUCAGAUCUUAUCAAUAAAGGUGAAGAAUGGAUACCAGAAAUUCAACAAAAUGCAACAAGAUAUGAUUCACCAGAAAUAUGUAAUUUAAAACGAUCUGGUAUUGGUCAAGUUCCAUGUUUAAGUUAUUUUGAAACAGAAGAUAGACCAGCUAGAACUAUUCGAGCACGCGCUGCUCGCGGCUCCUAUGACACUGAUGAAUAUAUAAUUACAACUUAUUUAUCAUUCACUCAUGGUAUUUCACCCGAUGCUGAAAAAUUGUUCAAUUUACCAGAUCAAUGG